AUGACGAAAAGUGCGGGGGAAUAUCGCAGAAUGAGCUGGACGUACACGACGAUAAUAAUUCUCCUUUUCAUCCCUCUAUUAAACAUGGCGAGUUCCAAAGACAACAACCCACUCAAAUUAAAUUCAGCGCUGACGUGCCGCUUCGUUCGCGGUCUCACAAGAGAACAGAGGUCCAUCUGUCACGAUGCACCGGACACAGCUUCCGUGGCCUUCGAGGGCCUUCAGCUGGCUGUCAAGGAGUGCCAGCAUCAGUUUAGAUGGCAUCGGUGGAACUGCUCAAGUUUGCUGCUGAAAGGGUCCAAUCCACAUGCUAGUGGGUUGAUGAAAAGAGGAUUCCGUGAGACAUCGUUCCUGUACGCACUGACGGCGGCGGGUGUGGCCCACGCUGUAGCCCGCGCAUGCGCGCAAGGCCGGCUGCUUUCCUGUGGCUGCGACCAGCUGGGGUACCGGGUUUACGAAGCCAGGGGGCGGGCUCGCGUGAACAAGUGGGAAUGGAGCGGGUGCUCCCACAACCUCGGGUACGGCAUCGAUUUCUCGAAGAAGUUUCUGGACGUGCGGGAUCAGGUGGAUGACCUGCAGGCGAAGAUCAAUGUACAUAACAAUGACGCGGGGAGAUUGAUACUAGCUUCGCACAUGGAGGUUCGAUGUAAGUGUCACGGCUUAUCUGGUAGCUGCCAACUGCGCACUUGCUGGCGUGCUACCCCAGACUUCAGGAUUGUGGCUACCACCAUCAAAAGACAGUAUCGAAAAGCUUUGAUGGUAGCACAAGAGGGUCUAAACAAUGGCGUGUCAGUAUUACGAGGAAGACCACGAGGUAGAAGGAAGAGUAGACCGCGACCAGCUCCGAAGACAAGUCUGCUGUUCUUUGAAAAAUCCCCAAGCUAUUGCGAGGCGGAUUCGAAGCUAGACUCCCUAGGCACUUCGGGCCGGGUCUGCCGCGUUGGCAGAACAUCCAGAACUGGGUCCUGUGACCUCCUCUGCUGCGGACGAGGCCACGAUCUCAUUAGGAAGUCCAGCGUCAAACCGUGCAACUGCACAUUUCAUUGGUGCUGCAAAGUUGACUGUGAGAAGUGUAAAGAUGACAAGUGGGUAGCAACUUACAACCCAACCGCUUACGAACUUUUCCUAAAAGGGACUAAUGAAUCUUCGGCCAUGUACGAAGUCAGAAUGAGAGACGGGUUAAACGUAUCCUCGCUGUCGAGUCCCCAUGACAGAUACAAAAUCGAAAAGAAACUCGGCUCGGGAAUUUUCGGAAAAGUAUUCCAAGCCUCCGACGACCAAGCCGCGGGAAAGUCCGUAGCUGUUAAAGUGAUAAAUUUGACAGAUACAAAAGAACAGCACGUUCACGAUGAAUACAGGAUCCUGAGGGAUUUCACGAAACAUCCCAACAUUAUCGACUUUUAUGGUGUCUUCUGCGAGCGAUCUGAAUAUGUGAAGAAAAUAUGGUUUGUUAUUGAGCUAUGCGAGUUUGGAUCUGUCAUCGAUAUUGUCAGAAAGCUGAAGGCGGCGGACAAAAAAAUGUCCGAGGAGCACAUCGCUUACAUCCUCAAAUAUACGAUCAAGGCACUCGUUUACCUCCAUGAGAACAAAGUUAUGCAUCGCAACGUCCGAGCGAGCAAUAUACUAAUAAAGAACAAUGGUGAAAUAAAAAUAUGCGACUUCUCUUUGUGUUGUCAAUUAAAGGACGCUCUAGAUAAAGCGAAUACUUAUAUCGGCUCCCCGAGUUGGAUGGCUCCAGAAAUGGCUAACAGGGGGGAAGAAGGUUACGACAAUAGAGUGGACGUUUGGGCCCUGGGAAUUACUACUAUAGAGAUGGUCGAUGGUAAAGGGCCUUUUGAAGACAUGCAUCCGACAGGGGCGCUGUUUCAAAUAAUCAGAAACCCUCCCCCGGGUGUAAUUAAGCCAGCUAUGUCAUCGAAUGAAAUCAAUGACUUCAUCAAUGAAUGCCUUGAAAAGAAUCCAGAGCACAGGCCGUUCGUAAUGGAAUUAGAAGAACAUCCAUUUAUACAAUCUGUACCGGAAAAUGAUUUCCACCUAUCAACAGAGAUAAAAAUGUUAGCGAACGACCUUCAAUCUAAGGAACUACCACCGAAGAAACCGGAACGUAUAAUCAAAGAUGGACUUCUCAUCACACAAGGGAGACAUGAACCAGAGACGAUGCAAGUGGAAGAUUUAGCUGCUCUAGAAUAUUUGACUGAGGACAAUAUUCUAACUGAAAUUCACACGAAAUUAGAAAAGGGUUCAUUUAUGUCGUUCAUUGGGGAUAUAUUGUUAAUAUUGAAUCCUAAUACGUCUGAUAUCGAUAUUUAUAAUGAGGAGUAUCACAAGAAGUAUGAAUGCAAGUCUAGAUCAGACAACGAACCACACAUUUUUGCUGUCGCCGAUAGCGCCUAUCAAAACGCUCUGCACCACAAUGAACAACAAUACAUACUUUUCUCUGGGGAAAGCAAAUCCGGCAAAACGACAAGCGUACUCCACGCACUCUCCCAUCUAACGCAUUUGGGCGCUAUGAAAAAUAAUACAGGGGAGAGAAUAAAAAAUGCAACUACUGUCAUCUUAGCUUGUAUAAGCGGUGCCACACCUAUUCACGCGAAUUCUACGAGAGGUAUUUUCCACAUUCAAGUAACAUACGGUAGCUCCUCAAAAUUGAGUGGAGCGAUAUUCUGGUUGUAUCAAUUGGAGAAAUGGAGAGUUUCAUCAACUGAUAUGUCCCAUGCCAAUUUCAAUAUAAUGUACUAUUUUUACGAUGCUAAAGAGGCGGAAAACAAGUUAAGUGAACUAUAUUUAGAGAAAAACAGAAAACACAGAUAUCUCAGGAUUCUGGAUGACUCUAUAAGGGGCAUUCAGGGGGCGCGAGAAAACCCACAAGAUAAUGUAAAGCGUUACAAAGAUAUAAUAGAGUAUUUGAAAAUGUUAGAUUGGCAAGACGAUGAAAUCGCAUUCUUCGAAACUGGGUUAGCAGCGAUACUGGUUCUAGGAAACGUAAGAUUCAGGGAUGGAAAGAGCGGUUCCGCUGAAAUUGAAAAUCCAGAUGAAGCCAAAAAAGUCGCGAAGCUUCUAUCGCUUGAUGAAGUUAAGUUCUUAUGGGCUUUGCUCAAUUACUGUUUGAUCGAAAAUGGUAACGCUGUGAAGCGCAAACACUCUACUGACGAGGCUAGAGAUGCGAGGGAUACUUUGGCCAGUACAUUAUACAAAAGAUUGAUUGACUGGAUGAUAAAUUUGAUUAACUCAAAACUUUCCUUUAUGCGACAAGUCUUUGGUGACAAAUUCUCCGUUAGCUUAAUAGAUAUAUUCGGUUUCGAAUGCUAUCACAGAAAUAGGUUGGAGCAGUUAAUUGUCAAUACGACAAACGAACAGCUUCAAUUCCUAUAUAACCAGAAGAUAUUUGCGUGGGAAAUGCAAGAAGAAGAGGAAGACGAAGUGCAAGUUUUACCGCUGCAUUAUUACGAUAAUAAAAACUCAGUCGACCAGCUUUUAGCAAAACCGCAUGGCAUAUUUUACAUAUUAGAUGAAGCCAGCCGUACUAGUGGUGGACAAGAUUUUAUAAUGAGUACUGUGAGAGCAUCCUGUAAAGGUCCAUACGUAAAACUAGCUGGAAGUCAUGAAUUCAGCGUAGCGCACUACACGGGAAAAGUUAAUUAUGAUACAAGAGAAAUGGCUGAUAAGAAUAAAGAUUUCCUUCCACCAGAAAUGAUUGAGACAAUGAGGGCAUCGACGAACAUUACAAUGCAGCAGUUGUUCAAAAAUAGGCUUACCAAAACUGGCAAUUUAACGUUGGCUCCUAACGAGUCUCAAUCGGGCGCCAACAGAACGAAAUCACAGAAAGAACAGGAGAAUAUUAAAGCUAGGAAAUUCAAUACUGUCUCCAAAGGGCAAUACUCACAAGUACGAAGAAUGAGAACAGCGGCGGCUACCUUUAGAGUAACGAGUCUAGAAAUCCUUAAGCAACUCUCAACAAGCAACGGACUUCAUUUCGUGCGAUGUGUCCGCACCGACCUAAACGACAACCCAAGAGGUUUCCAAACUGAAGUGGUAAAACAACAGUUAAGAGCGAUGGCCGUUCUGGACACAGCAAAAGCGCGACAAUGUGGCUUUUCAUACCGCAUUCCAUUCGCUGAAUUUAUAAAAAGAUAUCGUUUCCUGGCAUUCGACUUCGAUGAGAACGUUGAUGAAACAAAAGACAAUUGCAGACUCUUAAUGAUCAGACUCAAAAUGGAAGGUUGGGAACUGGGUAAAAGUAAGGCGUUCCUAAAGUAUUAUAACGAAGAAUUUCUAUCUAGGUUGUACGAAACUCAAGUCAAGAAAAUCGUCAAGGUACAAAGCAUGAUGCGAACGUUUUUGGCGAAGAGGAAAGCUGUGCAAAGCAAAUCCAAGGCUAUGCAUAUAAAGGAAUUAAAAAAACAGAAAUCGGCAAACAUGAACGAUGAAGAGGCUGCCUUGGUUAUACAGAAAGCAUAUAGAGGCUUCGUUGUCCGCAAAGCAUAUGGACCUCUCGUCAAUAAGUCUACAGGACAAAUAGAUGAAGAGACGUCGUCUUUUCUGAAGCGCUUUGCGAGGAAGUGGAAGAGCAGAUCCUUGUUCCAGGUACUCCUCCAGUAUCGAGCUCUCCGGUACCAGGACCUGGUUAAUUUUUCACAACAGAUCCACAUCUAUAACCAAGUUCUAGUAGAAGGAUUACUCAACACAAACUCAUCAGUAUUACUAGAACGUAUAGAUCCACACGCGAGGAAGGAAUUCCUGGGCACCCGACGGCAGACCGUUUGGAAACUACCGUUUAGACUUGACGAGAUUCAGUUCUUCGACACGUCGCCUAUGUGCGAUCCAAAAGUUAAGAGCAAUUCGCAGGGUGCCUUCGCCCCCGAUUCUAACGUACUGGUUUCUCAUUAUAGCGACACAUUUGCCAGUCAAUACGAUUCAGACCACGAGCAGUGGGACGAACCUUUCAAACAUCGGUUUAGUUCUUCAGGAUCAACCACCAGAACGAAGAGUACACAGACCCUCCUUAGCGUGCCCUUCUGCAGAGAUCCCACGCAGCCGAUGCCAAAAUUGCCGGACGAGCCAAAGGUGGAGUACUCCCCAAAUAGGCCGGUUCUCUACAAUAAGAAAUACGUCCCCACUCCGCAGAAGUUUUACCAACCGCCCACCCCCUGGGCUGGUGACGAUGGAGAAAACACAGUUCCGAGACGAAGCACCAGUUUCUACGGUCCAGAUUCGGAGGCCUGCGAUCCGAUACGCGAGCUGCAAGCGAUAGCCAAGUCUACCGGCGACCUAAAUGACGACGACAACCCUCCGUUCAAUUUUCAAGCCAUGCUGAAGAAGACUCCGAAGAACCGAGCGUCUAUGAAGCGGUAUGGUGAAAAUGAAGGUAGUUUCGAAAGGACUCAAGCGCCUCCCAAGAGACUUAUAACACCGGAUACAAACUCUUACGGGGGGGCGAGGCGAUCUGCGCCCCCCACUCCCACCUCACCAUCUGGAAGACAUACUUUCGACGACCACGUGUCUAGAUCUGAUGGUGAUUUUUUGAAGCCCAAAAGCAACUUCGUCGACAACAGAGACGAGACGAAAACCGUCGAGAUUGCACCGGGAAUAUCCGUCGAGGGAACUGUAACAGAUCUGUAG